GGACCUAUUUAGAGAUGUACUGUACAUGUUGCGUAACGAGAAUAAAAAGAAGAGGGGUAAAGUUGACCCAUGGGGUCUUCUCCGUUUACUUCCAGUCAAUGGAUAACUGAUUGUUGUCUGACUGGUUCACGUUCCUGGAUAUUUCCCUUUUUAGACUCUUUCAAUUCCAAAUUCCCACUUCUCUUCUUUCUCAUAUUUUUGCAGAUUGUCACCAUUCCACAUGGCUUCCCAAAAUCAGCUUCCUAAAAAAUGGAAAUACGAUGCAUUCUUGAAUUUUAAUCCGGAAGACUUCGAAGGAAGCUUUGUUGCCGAUCUUUACAAACGUCUGGAAGACAAAGGAAUCAAUGCGUUUGAACGGGAUAGUGUCAAAUUGCAAAAAGGAGAAACUAUUUCAACAGAAAUCUUGGAGGCCAUCGAGGAAUCAAGAAUUGCCAUUACCAUCUUUUCCAAGAACUAUGUUUCAUCACCCUGGUGCUUGGAAGAACUCACUAAGAUCAUGGACUGCGUUGCCAUGGGACAGGAAUUCUUUGUGGUCUUCUAUCGCACUUCUGCAGCAACGACAAUGAAGAAUGUAGUCAUCAAAUUGUUGACAAGUUUUGUCAGGUUGGUAGCUUUGCAAAAAAUCUCGUGGGAAUCAGAUCUCGCAUAGAGGAAGUAAAAUCGUUGUUGAAUGUUGAAUCUGGCGGUGUUCAUUACGUAGGGUUAUGGGGGAUGGCUGGUGUAGGGAAGACAACCAUUGCCAGAGAACUUUUUAAUGAGAUCUCUUGUCAAUUUGAAG